AUGCGGAUCCUGGAGCACGGUCUCCGUUUGGCCGGUGGCCUCGCCGCCUUGCUGCUGUCUACCUCCCCGUCCUCCGUGACCGCGGAGCCUCGCUGCUUCCCGGAUGGAUUCAUGUUCGGCUCGGCCACGGCGGCCUACCAAGUCGAAGGCGCGUGGAACGAGUCCGGCCGCACGCCCAGCAUUUACGACGCCUACUGCCGCGAAACCCCGGGCAUCGAGUGCGCGAACGUCGCGGACGACUUCUACCACCGCUACCACGACGACAUCAAGCUCAUGGUCGAGACGGGUCUGCAGUCCUUCCGGUUCUCCACGUCGUGGUCGCGCGCCAUGACCUGGGACCCGGAAACGCGUCGAAUGCGCCCCAACCCGCCCGGACUCGCGUUCUACCACUCGGUCAUCGAUGAACUGAACGCCAACGGCAUCACCCCCAUCCUGACGCUGCACCACUACGACCUGCCCCUGGCCCUGCAGACCGAGCUCGACCCUCAGGCGUGGCUCAACCCCGACAUCUCCAGCCACUUCGAUGACUACGCGGCGCUCAUGUUUAACGAGUUCGGAAGCAAGGUCAACUUCUGGACUACGUUCAAUGAACCGCUCGGCUUGGUGGGCUAUGCGUACGGCAUGGGGUUCCCCAACAUGCCUCCGGCCCGCAGAGGAUCCCCCACGGAGGCGUACGAGGUGUCAAAAGGAGUUCUCAUGUGCCACGCGAAGGCUGUCAAGACGUUCCGGGAGCUGAGAGAGGCUGGUGUGGUGGCCUCGGGCGCUCGCAUUAGCAUGGUGCUGGUCUCCAGCUACUUCUACCCGCUCGACGAGUCCAACCCCAAGGAUGUCGCCGCCGCUCAAAGAGCAAUGGACUUUGACAUGGGCUGGUUCCUGCAGCCGCUCCUCACGGGCGACUACCCCGCCAUCAUGCGUGAGAUUGCCGGUGACCGUCUUCCUCGCUUCACGGCCGAGGAAUCCGCUCUCCUGAAGGGAUCGUACGACAUGUUCCAACUCAACCACUACUCGAGCCAAGCCGUGACUUCCUGUGAUUCCCCGACGUCGACGGUGGACUGCGCGUCGCUAGCUCCGGGCUGGCAGGCGGACAAGGGCGUGGACGACUCGCACAUUAUCCCCGGGACGCUGCACCCGAAGCCGGACCGCUUCGGCAACAACUACUGCGCGAACCUGUUCACCCCGUACCCGCCGGGAUACCUGGCCAUGAUCAAGUACAUGCACGCGCAUGACCCGACCGUCGACAUCUUGCUGACGGAGAACGGCUGGUGUGGCAACGAUGAGAUCGAGAACAUGGACCAAGUCCACUUCUUCGAGGCGUUCGUGGAGCAGGUGCACAAGGCUGUGGUCGAGGAGAAACUCCCCGUCAUUGGGUACACGGCCUGGUCCUUCCUGGACAACUUCGAGUGGGGCUCCUACAAGCCUCGCUUCGGCCUCUACUACGUCAACUGGACGAGCGAGACGGGCUCGCCCGAUUUCAACAACCCCAAGCCGACCGACCUCGCUCGCAUCCCGCGUCCGUCGGCCAGGUGGUUCCAAAAGCUCUCCACCUCCAGGUGCCUCGACAAGGUCAGCACCAGUAGCACCAUACUGGCUUUUGAGGAACCGACGAAGGAUAUCACCGAGUUGUUCGGAGCUCCUCUGGUCAUGCUUGGCGUUGUGGCGCUCGUUCUUCUGGUGGGGAUCAAGACGCAACAGCGCAGUCAGAACGACGAACGCACCCCGCUCGUGUCGGCGAAUUGA